AUGAAUUAAGAACCAGAAAUUUCACGAUACCUUCCUCUUCCACUCUUCGGGUCUUUACCUUUUCUUUUUUUACCCUCUAGUUUUUAGUCCUUUUAUGUUAGUUCAGUUUACCACUAAUCAUUAUCUUUGAAAUGGCGGCAAGCUGUAAAUACAUUUUCGUCUGCAUCGCCUUUUCCGGACUGUUGUGGGACUUGGCGACGUGUCGUAGCUCUCGAAAAUUAUAUUCUAAUACAUGGGUUGUCCAAGUCGACGGGGGCCAAGAAGAAGCAGAGAGAAUUGCUGCAGAGAAGGAUUUCAUACUUUUAGGACAGGUAAAGAAGAAAAUUAUUGAUAUCAUUCCUUGAGAUUUUUAUCGCGUAUGGAAUAACAUCCCUCGCUCUACGCGACCGUUCGAUCGUUUGCAGGGGCAAUUCAACUGAUUAUUCUCUUAUUGUUUCCUGGUAACGGGAGUUUUGCUUGAUCUAAAAAGAUGUUGUUUACUCUUGAGGUUGGAAGUUUGGAAGGAUUUUACAUGUUCAAGCAUAAGUCACAUCCUAGGCGAUCGAGACGCGAUGCAGUGGAUCUAACCUGGGAUCUAUCCGAUCAUCCAAAUGUGAGUAACCUUUAGCAGCUUAUGAAGUUACUGUAUUGUGUGUUUCUAUACGAUGAAAGCUUCCAUGAAACGGAAUUCAUGUGCAUUUUAGGUCGUCUGGGUAGACCAACAGAUUGUUAAAAGACGCGUAAAGAGAGAUUAUUCUCCGCAUUGGAACGACCCUGACUUUGGGAAGCAGUGGUUUCUUGUAAGUGUGAUAAUUUAGCAUAGCGGCAGUUUAUUUAGAGAUCCUUACAGCCAAAUCGCGAGUUUUAGUCUCGUUAUAAAUGAAGACAUCGACACAUUUUUAUAAUUAUUGGUCAUGUAAUGUCAAUGUCGAUCGUAAUAUAACGUUCCUGUGUAUUGGUGAUUUUCGCCAUAGAAGGGUAAAUAAACCUUUUAAAAGCACCAGGUGGGCUGAGGUAUUGGUUAACUAAAGGUUGCGAGCUUAUUGUAAAAACAUAGUGUUCAUCGUGUUAUUAAGAAGCAAACGUUCCGGUAUUCCGACAUAAAUUGUUACAUUAGUCAAGUUAGGAUCUUUUUAAACAUCGUUGUUCUUGGAAGGACUAAUUUUUCAAUGCUAAGCUGUAAAUUAAUCAUUCAUUCAAAUAAUUAUCAGGUGUCGCCUCUCCGUUGCACAAUAUUUUUUAACGUUGUUAUCAUUCUUUCGGGCUAGUUUACAAUGUAUACGUUUUAUCAGUGAUGAUUCCCUGAUAAAUCGGAAAGAAAUUUCGAAUCUUUUCAAAUCUAAAUUGUUUGUUUAUUCAUUCAGCCGGUUUCAUUCAUUUUGUAUGUUGGAAGUCUCCUGUUGAGGGUGGGGGGAGGAGAUGGGAGGUGUGGGGGAGGGGUGUGUGGUGUGGGUCACAGCUAUUCGUUUGAGCCUGCAAUAUACAUAGCAAGCAGCAUUAUUCUUAACAACAGUGUCAAAGUAAGGAAUCUAGCCAUUUAUUCAGUUACAUGACAAAACACUGCUCUUUUGAAGUUACAAUACUGACAUUUUUUAUUGAUACUCCAUAUUUGCAGCAUAAUACAGACAGCAUAUUCAGAGGUUAUGACCACAAUGUUCUUCCAGUCUGGGAACAGGGUGUCACUGGAAAGAAUGUCGUUGUCUCUAUUCUAGAUGAUGGUAAGUCAUAAAAAAGUGAAAACUGGUUCGUUUGCUGCCAUUAUAUUAUCAGUGCUUGACUUUCAGAAAAAAAUGUUGGGGCCGGCUGACCUCUAAGUUUUCAUUUUUGGUCACCAGAAGAAGUAUUCUAGUCACCAAAAAUUACAAUAAACUUAACAUCUUUUACUUAGCCUAAACAGAAAAAGAAUGCUUUAGACUUCCUUUGAACUUUCUUUCAAAUGGUUUUCGAGUGAGGCUCGAUUACUAGCCGGUGUUCGGGAAAAUGAACCCACACUCAAGUGUAAAUCUCCUCAAACAGGUAUUCAAGCAAUGGAAUACUCAUUUAGAUAAACAAACUUUAGGAAUCACAAAAAACUUAUUUGGCUUAUGAAAGAACUAAAUCUGCAAAAUUUGUUUUGUGUCCCAUGUAUUUUCAGGUUCAGAAAUGAACAUCAGUAAAACUUGAUCUAUUUCGUGGUUGCCUAGCAUGUGAUCUAAAGUCUCCAGAAAGAGGAAACGUCGCUAAUGUUUUCAGGCAAAGAAGAUGAUUUCUUGAGAAGUCUGUUAGAAAAACAGCAUGAGUUCAAUGGUACUUCAUUAGAAGCCAAUAAAAUAUGGCAGAGCUCUUAUUUGGGUCGUCACACUCGACAGAAAUUUUCAUAAAGUUGUUUACAAGAAGUUUGAGAAAUAAGCCCUGUUCGUUCUCGAUUAGCUUGAGCUUUUAUCAGACUAAUCUGCUAUCAAGUCUGCAAUAAUGGGAUACAUGUUCGACAAAAUAUUGUUUCAAAUCAAUGCUCUAAAAGUCAUUCCAGGAGAAACACAGGAUGAACUGUUGACCAGACGUGAAAAUUUAGUUGCCAGCAAACUUUUGUUUCUCGGUUUGAUCUAGUAGUUAGUGACUGCCAUAAUAAUAAGUACAUAGUAAAGUGUAACAGCAUAAAAUAAUAUAGUAAUUUGAAGAUCAAGGGCAUGAUGCUACAUGUAAAUUGUUUGUUUAUUUAUUUGUAGGUAUUGAAUAUACACACAAUGACUUAAAGGCAAACUAUGUAAGUUACUGAAUGUAGAUGAUUUCAAAAAAAUUAUUUUGCUUCCUCACAAAAAUGUCUAAGAGAUUAAAGGUGAUGUAACAUGGGACGAUUCACAAUGACAAUUUUUAGUUGAACACAAUGUUGGAACAAUGUUGUACCUGUUCGAAACAAUAACUGCAAUGCUGUGUUGCACUAAGAAUCAUCAUUGCGAAUCCUCUCAUGUAAUGUCACCUUAAAAUGGUCCAGCUUGAAUGACUUCUCCAGUUGGGCUGGAUCAUUCCAAACAGUCUUGUACCAAAGUUCCUGAAAAACCGUGGUUGAGUGGAUGCCUGCCCUUUUGUCUUCUUCUGGAUUGAGGAAGAGAAAAGAAGGCUUUACCUGAAUUGUGUCAAAUCUAUAAAGGCGCCACAACCCAAACUUCUGGACUAGUCAAUAUUGUACAUCCUCAUCGCCUCAAACUGCUUUUUUGAGUGCGAGUAUCUGGUUAUUGAUAAACUGAUGGUCAUAAUAUUGAGCCUGCUGCACCAAGCACAAGGCUUAUAGUCCUGGCCUCGGUUGUUCAAAGGCUAGAUAGCACUAUCCACCGGAUAAAUCUCUAUCCAGAGGAUAGUGCAAUUGGUUUCCCUAAUACUCAUCCACUGGAUAGUGAUUUAUCCUGUGGAUAGUGCUAUCCAACAUUUGAACAACCGGGGCCUGGGUUCAAUACUGUGUCCUAGUAUCUUGCAGCGCAUGUUCAACUCUGCAAAGAUCUAACUUGAUUUAUGCAGAGUCUUUGACAAGUUCACCAAAUUGGGCAAGUCAGAGAGAUAGACUCAGCUAGCAGCAGGGUGAUUCCAUAUCUAUGUUUUCCGUUUUUAUGAAAGUACUUUUUUGCUUUCUUUCUUAACUCCUCCACCAUCUACAAAUUAAUUGAAAAGUAAUGAGGUAUUUACUUUUUAGUAGUUAACAAAACUGCAGUUUUUUUCGCUAUAUUUUUUUCACUUUCUAGGAUCCCAAAGCUAGUUAUGACUAUAAUAGUAAUGAUGCAGAUCCUGCUCCUAGACCAACCUGGAAUGAUGAAAACAGGUUUGUUUGCCAGUAUAAAAGAUUAGAAGAGUACAUUGUUCUGUUUUUGAAAACAAUUAGCGAAAACAAAAACAAAUCAAAUACUAGACAUGCACAUGUGCUUGAACUACUUUGGUAUGGUUAGUUUAGUUUAUACCUUAAAUUGACCUCUGGAAAAGAUGACGGGGAUCCUAAUUCUGUCCAUUCUGUGUAUGACUACGCAGAUUUAAUAAUCAUUAUGUAAUGGAUAUGUAACUGGUCAAAAUCAAAUUGAGGUUAAACCUUUUGAAACUUGUUUGAUUUUCAAUUUCCUUUGUGUCCUAGCCACUUAGGUUAAAAAAUUUUGACCUGUAACAGAUAUUCAGCAUAAAUUAAUGUUUUUGACAUGUUGGGUUGUUUUUGCAGGCAUGGUACAAGGUGUGCAGGAGAGGUGGCAGCCACAGGAAACAACAGCCUCUGUGGAGUGGGAGUAGCACCUCAGGCUAAAGUUGGAGGUGUGUACGUUAUCUGACAACUACACGUAACGACUGACAGUCGAUCACACCUCUUGACUAUUAAAAUUUAAUUUAAUUUCGUACCUCCACUUGUACUAACAGUCACCUCUCCACAAUGGCCACCCCUCUAAAAUGGCCCCUUUAUUUUGUCCCAGCAGACAGUCCAUACAUUUACUCUUAUUUAAAGCUCUCCUUAAUUGCCACCUCUCUACAAUGGCAGCAGCCACUAACGCUUGUCCCCAACUGCCAAAAUAACUUCUCUCAGUUUUUUCAGUGACUGGUGAAAAAGUCAAGAAUGCUCAUGAAUUUUUUCGUGGCAAUUGUAUUUUGAUGUUGUUUAAUUUAUUUUGCUGCAGUAAGCAUAACUUGUCUAUGAUACUUCUAGUGAGUGUUACAAACCUUGCGCGUUGUGUCACGUUAACAUUUUGAUUCAAGACAUAAUUCAAGCUUUUUGUGUACUUAUCUCCGCACAUUAUAUAUGAUCGGAUUAGCAUGAUUAUGGGACACAGUAAGCAUGAAUUAACUCAGUACAAAAAUUCAUGUUGUGCUCCCGAAGAAAAAAUUGUCAUAUAACACACCUACCUCUCCACAGGGGCCACAUUCUUCUCUCCUCAAGCUGGCCGUUGUGGAGAGGUUCGACUGCAGAAAAGACAAUCAAGUCUUCUUACUUUGGGGCUAGAUACAAUGAUACAGUGUACAAGUAUCAUAACAAUGUGUAGGAAAGAUCAUAUCAGUAUUAGAUUUUAGGAAACUCCCCUCCCACCCCUCCCCUAAACCAACAUUUUUAAGAAGUUUGCAUGCUAAUGUUGUGUUAGGGUAUGAGUUGGCAGGCAGUUGCUCAGAGUCUUAACCCUUUCACUGCCAGAGUGUUUGAUAGAGUUUUUGUAAGGUGACUCUAACUUUUGAGUCUGGGGACAAAAUCCUAUGAUGUCACCAUUCAAAUGAAAGCUCUCUGCCUGUACUUUCACAUGAUGCUAUUUAUUUCUCAAAAUUUUAGACAAUGAAAUUUGUAAAUUUGGUCGAAAUUUGCCUUUGGCCACAUUUGACAGUGAAAGGGUUAAACAUGUACUUAUAUAUCUGAAAGGUCUUUAAAAAGGCUGCAUAGAAGGCUCGUAUUCACUUGAAUUGAUAAACUGAGCCCUUACUAUGUGUUACCAGUGGAAAGGUGUCCACCAUAGUUAGGUAGGAUAUGCUCAGUCGGUAGAGCAGUUGGCUUCAGAGCAGGAGGUGGUGGGUUUGAUUCCUGUGGUGGACUAAUACUUGGGGUCUUAAAUCACUGAGAAAUGAAGGUAGUGCCUUCAUCCUGCCAAAGGCUAGACCUUUGCUUAGCUCGGACGGCCACGCAAAAGGGUGUUAGCAUUUCCAUUAGGAGACAUAAAAAUGGUGUCCUCGAUAGUUAAUAAUUUUUUAAUAAGUGCUAAAUUAAAUACAUUGACUCUCAAAGAAAGUGCUUUUUGUAAUUUAUAGUAAGUUACGCUGCAUAUUUUUUCACUUUAAGAAAAGUUUCAUCUAGUAAGGUAAUUGACUGUCUUUCUUGAGAAGAGAGUAAGUCAGCUAUGACCAGCCAUCCCUCAAGAGGACGUGUCUUCCUGAUAGGGAUGAGGCUUUGCAAACUGACCAGAGUUGACCAUAUUUUAUUGUUGUAUGUAUCUUCAGGUGUACGGAUGCUGGAUGGUGAUGUAACAGAUGCGGUAGAGGCGUCUUCAUUAAGUCUCAACCCUCAGCACAUAGAUUUAUACAGCUCAAGCUGGGGACCAGAUGAUGAUGGGCGGACUGUGGAUGGACCAGCUAAGUUGGCAAAGAAGGCAUUUGCUGAUGGCGUGCAAAUGGUAAAUUAUAAUUUUAGAAAUAAUAUUGUACUGAUUGUUAAUCAACGGUGCUUCAUUUGCUGGAGCAUGAAACCAAACAGCUUGUACAUGUAAAGGCAAUUUACUCCUCCAAAUUACCAAACCUGGCAAUCAACUGUAUUGUGUCGAUUGCUAGCAAUAAAACACUGUACGUGUUUCUUUAUUUGUGGCAAAUUGAAUGUUACUUAAUACCGUAAAUCCUCUAUUAAGGCAGGGGGCUUAUUUAUUUCAAACACAUUUGAGGAGGGGCUUAAUAGAGACAGGGGGCUUACCUUAUUAUAGAAAACUAACGCUCCAUGAAAUUAAGGUAUUGGAAAUUGACGCGAAUUUAAUGGAAAAUGACUUUCGAAUAAAGAAAAUUAACGCAAAAGAGGAGGUAGAAUUUCAUUAUAAAGGAAAUUAACGCGAUUAAGACACAGCUGGUGGCCGAAAUCAGAGGAGAAGAUAUUGACAUCACUUCUGACAGUGACAGCGAUGAAGAUGAACUCGAAAUAUUGUAAACCUUCGCCUUAGCUUUUGUCAAAAAUGAAAAGCAAAGGGUAAAUAGAAAGAAAGCAAGCUUGUAGUUAAUGUCUUUUAGCUUUCAAGAAUGUCGGGACAGGUUCCAAAAUUGGGGUUAAAAUACUGGAAAAUAAUUAAGGGCACGGAAAUUAACGCUCAACAAAAUUAACGCGAUUAAUUUUAUGGAGUGUUAAUUUCCCAUAAUAAGGUAUUUGACAGGGGGGGUAGGGCUUAUUUAAUUUGGCAAAGACGGUGGUAUCAGUUCUCCAUAAAGCACUGGAAUAAAAAGUGGAAAAGCUCAAGUACAAGAAGUUGGAGGUCAUGCAGCCGAGGAUCAAAAACAGAUCCGAACUUCCAGUUGGUGAAUAAACCAUCCCGGAUCAGUCUACACGAAGUUUUUGCAGUUGUGAUUGAUUAAUACAGUCUAUCAUUUAUUAGUGAAGAAUAAUAAAGGGAGGGGAAGGGGGGGACUUAAAACAGAGGGGGGGGGGGGCUUGUUAACUUUCUUCCCCUGAAAGGAGGAGGCUUAUUAGAGAGGGGGAGGCUUAAUAGAGGUUUUGCAGUAUUACAUGUACUAGCAAUGUUGCUCUUUUCAAGAAAAUGAAGUUCAAUAAUUCAGUACAAUUCAUGUAAUAUAAUUAUAUUUUCUCUCUUUAUUUAGGGUCGUGGUGGAUUAGGCUCUAUUUAUGUUUGGGCUUCAGGUAAUGGUGGUAGAAGCCAGGACAGCUGCAGUUGUGAUGGUUACACAAACAGCAUUUAUACGCUCUCAAUCAGCUCAGCAACAGAACAUGGCACAUCACCGUGGUAUUCUGAAUACUGUGCAUCCACUCUGGCUACCACCUUUAGCAGUGGAAAUUUUGACAUGAGAAAAAUAGUAUGUAUCUUUUCCAUUGUUUGUAGCCAAAUACCAGAGAAUAUGAUAUCUGGUGUUAAUGUUUUUCAUAAUGAAUGACUGGAUUAUUAAAUGGUUUACAAGUGUUUGUUUCUAGUGAAAGUGCACAUUUAGCUAGUUUACAGGCACUCCUCUGAGAUCCUCUCAAAUAAUCACACACAAUCAUAACAUAGUUCAACUCCCCUACUAUUUGGAGGGAGCUAGUCAGCAAUAGAUCCAGAGGGGAUGAGGGUCUAGAGGUUCCACUCUCCCCCUCCUCCCCCCCCCCCUGCACCUAAAUUCAUUCAUCAGACCAGAAACAGUCAUGAAAUUUGAUAGCUGAGUGCUUUGAUCUUGGGUUUAUUACCCUUGUUAAGGAUAACACAUUUACGAGAAAUCAAUGUGUAAUGACCAAAAAGCUAGUAGGGUGGAAAUGCUUUGCCGUAAAAGGGUUGUUAAAAACAUGUUGAGCUCAAGUUUGGGCCCCUCCAAUAAAGAAUUUCUGGCUCUCCCCCUGCCAGUUAGCCAUUUAUAAGCUUGGCUGAGGAGUUAGAUGUAGAACUGCUGUAACACAACUCUGACCAAUAGUCAGGGCAGAACCUCUUAAACCAGGGCUUGCUGCCUAGACUGCAUUUGUGACACAGUGGACGCUUUUACCUUCUUCAUGAGUAAGAAAGUUUGCUUUGGCAAGAUUAAGGGUAUGAGUAAUUUGGUUUAUCUUCAAAAGGUUACAACAGACCUUCAUGGCCGAUGUACAGACUCACACACGGGUACAUCUGCCUCAGCUCCUCUGGCAGCAGGAAUAUUGGCACUUGCAUUAGAAGUAAAGUGAGUAUCUGGGUAUAGUUCUUGGCAUAUUUUUUAUUUGUUUGAUUAGUGCAUUGGGAAUCGUAGUAUAAGUGUGUUGUUAACUCCAGGUGGUGUUUGCCUAGUGCUGUGUAUUGUUUAGCCUGUGUAGCUGGCACUUGGAAGUAGUGGGCGAAAGAGAAACCGGGGUCGCGCGAUGGUGACACGCGAGGGGUGUGGCGCGCCCGUUUUUUCUCGUGCCCACUACUUCCAAGCGCCUGCUAUGCAGGCUAUGUACUGUUUAGCAAGAAAUGAUGUUUUGAGUGGUGUAGUGAUUUUCCUAGUAUUAAUGUGCGUUGUUUUAUUAAUCUACGGGGAGGCAGAGACCAUUAGGGAGUAAUAAAGCAGGCAUUACGGUUCAUUGUUCCCUCACUUAUCAUACAUUUGCGAGCCAUCAUAUUAUUUUACAAACCAAAUAAAAAAACAUGGCAAUUUUCACCUGGUAUACCAUCCAACACGACAAACAUUUUGUAUGAAAAUAACUUAUUUUGCUGCUCUUUGAAGCUCCCAAAGUUUCUCUCGCGGUUGUCGUUGUUAAAACGGACUCCUUUGCAACGUCAGCUAUACAAACAAUGUCUAUUCUCUGCUUAAGGCCAUUCAAUACCUUUCUUUGAUGUUUGGCAGUCAUCUUUUCUUCAUUCUUUGUUUCUUCUUUUUUGUUGGGGGGGAUGAUCUCAAUUAUUUUGGGAUACAAGUGGGGGGGGGGGCACCCGUAAAGAUUUCUAAUGAAGAGGCGGGUCAUCAUAUACUAUGGGAGCUACCCAUCAAAUCCCACAAGCCCCCCUUGCCCAAAUGAACGGUCCCUAAAUUGGCAUUAAAUUUUUUUACAGGUAUUUCAUUUUUUAAAAAUGUAAAAUACAAUAAUUUUAUUUGGAUUCUUCUGGAGGAAUUAUGACAUGCACAUAUGUUAUUUGUUUAUAGCCGUAACUUAACCUGGAGGGAUAUGCAACAUUUGGUUGUACGUACCUCCACCACUGAACAUCUUCAUUCAGACGACUUUAUUAUGAAUGCAGUUGGAAGAAAGAUCAGCCACAAGUUUGGUUAUGGUUUACUUGAUGCACUAGCACUUGUCAAUCUGGCAAGAAAAUGGAAAACUGUCCCACCACAGCACAUUUGCCGCGAGACACCAGAAGCACAACAGAAGUAAGUGUUAUUUUAAUUAAGAAUGUGCCAAUUAUUAUUUCAUCAAAAUGUUGAGACUCUCUAUAGGUUCCCGACGAAAAUGAACAGAAGUCGCGUCGAUCACUGUUGAUGGAACCACAAUCUUAGAGAUUCAAGCGACGAUCGCAUUGCGAGAUAUAGUAGUGAGUUUACACAACAGGACGGCAGGAAGAAGAAGACGGCAGAACGCUCGUGUGUGACAAACGUGACUGGCUAAUUCUUACGUGUUUUGUGGUGAUCUUUACUUAACAUCAAUGUUUUUUGGUCUUUUACAAAAAGAUCUGUUUAAAGGAAAGUGAAUUUUGGCGAAAAGUUAUUUCAAACAAAAUUAUUGUCACGCUUGUCACACAAGGCUUGCCGUCUUCUUUCUUCUCCCGUCCUGUUGCGUAAGUUCACUAAUAUAUCAGAACUAUUAAACGUCUCUAUUGAAGAGGCAAAAAGAUGUACGCAGUUGGCUUCGUUGCAUUGAUUGACCGAGUAGUUGUCGACAAUGUAACUCUGUAGUAACGAGCACUGAUUGGAGGAUCCAACUGCAACUGGAAUUGGAUUGCCAUUCCUAUCAAGUUUGACAACGAUAGUCGUGUGAUAACUGCAAAGAAAUCUGCCAAAAAUUGUGCUGCACGUUCAGAGUUUUUUAUUAUUAUUUUCUCGUUUCCGUCGUCCACUUCGUGGUAGCUCAAACUCGCUAGUAGCUCGCAAAACAAUUAUUCAGAUAUGAGACGAUUUCGUUGAAAAAUCGACAAUUUGAUGGAAAACGUACAACGCAAACGAUGUUCUCAGUUACCCAUAGAGAGCCGAGGCUCAGUGUUCACUUUGGUACCCAUGUUUUGGCUUGAAAGUGUCCUUGAAAAGUCUGAUACUGUUCCACAGAAUUCACCUGCAGAUUUAAGAACAGUAAAAGCCAUCCUAAAAGACUGUGUAGUAACCAAGAAGGAUUUCAUUUUAAUAAAAAAACUCAAGCUUUAGAAAAACAGUUGAACCGCGCCCUCCAAAGUGUGAAAACAAUCCAAGUUAGCCCUCAUGUUGUUGCCGAAUCAACAAGCUCUAAACAUUUGUGUAAAUUUGUUAGGUUACGGUGCUACCAUCUUUUUCGUAUAUUUGUACCUUUUUAGGGCCCCUAUUGAUACACUGUAAGCAGUUUUUAUUUCAUUUUACAUUGAAAAAAUUUGAAAAAAGAUAUCUUUUAAUUUUCAAACAUUUGCCUUCCAGACCUAUCCCUAGUAAAGGCACUUUGAAGGUGACCGUUACAACAACAGGUUGUGCAGAUGACAGCCACCAUGUCAAAUACCUAGAACAUGUGCAGGCCGUCAUCACGCUGAGCUUUUCUCGCCGAGGUGACCUCAGCAUAAAACUAAUAUCCCCUCGUGGCACGGUAGCAAUUUUACUGGCUCAGCGGAGACAAGACUACUCAAGCAGUGGCUUUACUGACUGGGAGUUCAUGUCAACUCACACCUGGGGUGAAGAUCCAACGGGAACAUGGACCUUGGAAAUCGAGAACCAUGGUAAAAUUUUGGGAUCAUUAUACGUUUCUGGGAAAGUGCCCACCUACCCCUUCCCUUCCCUUCCCUAAGCCAACAUUUUGCCCUAAAUGAGAAGAAAGUGUUAAUGGUGGCUUAGGGGAGGGGUAGGCGGGCAGUUUCCCAGAAACGUAUAAGACAAGACUACUCAAGCAGUGGUUUACUGACUGGGAGUUCAUGGCAACUCAUGUUAACUUGAUUCGAGUUCUCUCUAUUAAUGAGUUGUAGCACCUAAGUGACCUCAAAUAAGGCAAAGUUAUAAGCAAAUGGUUAAAAGCCUGUUAGGCAAAAAUAAAGCAGUAACUGAGGCGGACAACUUUCAAUUUCGGAUAUGGCACUCAAGACCCCACCUAAUGGUGUUUCAAAACCGUGUUGGAAUGUGGAAAGGUUCCAUUAAAAGUUUCUAGGUACACGUAGUUCGCGAGACGUUUUCCUGCAUUGUAUCUGGUACACUUAUAUAUGUUCAUAUAAAUGAAAACGGGACUGGUUUUUUUUACGAAUUAAGGCUCUUCAAGUAACAGUGGUGUUCUUAAAAACUGGUACUUGGUAAUGUAUGGAACUGAAGAACCAGCUGUUUCCAGUGAUUCCAGUAAGGAACCAGUUCCUGCCUGUAGCAUUGAAUGCCAGAAUGGCUGUACAGGACCAAGAGCUGACCAGUGCAGGGACUGUAAACACUUUAGAGGUAGUACCAGCAAUGUAAGUACACGCUCAUUAAAGCUCUGUUGGACGUAAACUGUUUUCACUGAACUUGUAGAAAAUUGGUGUCUUUUUAUAGUGUAAAUGUGGGCUCACAAAUGCUUUUUGAUUUGCGCACUUCUUAGGGUUAAUUAUCAGCUGCUGUGCGGUAAAUAAAUGUGCGCUCCUCCCCCUCAAAAGAUGGUUGGACUCGUGUAUUUGUUAUCGUAUAUUUCCACCAAUCAGCUCGUUGCCUGCCGAAAUCGAGUAGGCAGCUUGAAUUAUUUUUUCUAGUGUAGAUUACACCAGCCGAUAUGAAGGUAUCGUAUUUUCCAGUGGUUUAAGCUUAAAAACCGGGCAGAUUUACAACAAAAAGCCCUGAGAAGCUGGUAAAUUGUGAGGAUGUCUGCAAGUGACUAGCUUUUAAUAGUAAUAUAUAUAUUUUUUUUCAACUGUAGGAGUGUGUUGCUGAUUGCUCCAAGUCAGAGUAUCAAGAUGUUGCUGGAAAGCUUUGCAAGCCAUGCAGUCACACAUGUGCAACUUGUCACGGACCCAGCACAUCAGACUGUCUCUCUUGUACUCCUCCACUAAUCCUGCACAAUGGAAGCUGUGUAAACUUUUGUCCUGAUGGCACAUUCACACAUGUGCAAGAUUCUGUCUUGAUCUGUGCAAAAUGUGACUUCACGUGUCUGACAUGUGCUGGCAAUGCAACUGCCUGCACUUCAUGCACAUCAGAGUACAAGCAUGUCCCUGGUCGAUGUGUGAAGAAAUGUGGUGAAGGGAAGUAUGUCGACGCAGAAGGACUAUGCCACUCUUGUCACCCAUCUUGCAAAAAUUGCAAUGAAGGCGGUGCAAGUGCCUGCACAGAAUGUGCAGUCAAAGAUAACCAGAAGUUAUUUCUACACAAGGGUGAAUGCAAGGCUUCUUGUCCAAGUGGUUUCUUCGAAGAAGCAGCUAGUCAAGAGUGUAAACCUUGUGAUUCAACCUGUGACAGUUGCACUGGUCCGUCCCCAUCGCAGUGCAUGUCCUGUAGUCAGGGGCUUUUCAGGAUAGGAGCUCCAACUGGCUUGUGUAAACCAAACUGUCCAGAGGGUAAGGAGUUUGAUGUACUUGAACUUGAAGAGUAGAUGUGUUUCAUACUGUACUCAUUUUUUGUGGCAAGUCGAUCAGCAUUUUAUCCCGUAGGGGUCUCCCAGUCUCUUGUACUUGACUGAAAGCGUUACAAAAUGUAUCAGUUGCUGGAAAGUUGGGGCUGUGGAAGUGAACACAACACAAGGAUUAUAGUUAGGUCGAGACUUGCAGAUUCUAGAUAUUUAAUCCAGUGAAGAAAAAAUGGAACGGAUUUCUUUAACACGAAGUGCUUACAAAGCGCACUGUUGACGAAUUUUAACCCGGUUCUCUGCACAACUUUGUAAUAGCCAAUAGAAGAAACAAUAGCAACCCAAAAAAGUCUCAUAGUGCAAUUCGACACAACGCUCACCCAGUCUAACGCUCAGCCUCAAAUUAGUCAGGUAACCGUGGUAAACUCAUAGACCAGCACUCUGCCAACUGAGCCAACCCUUCCGCAAAACUAGAAAGUGCAUCCUCAAUCACUGCGUCACUGUUCUCUCUUCAGGCCAGUAUCCUGAAUCAACUAAUGGUACAUGCACGCCUUGUCCAUCACUAUGCAAGAAAUGUGACCCUUCGGAUCCCAGUAAAUGCACCAGUUGUCCUAAAGAUGAGUUUCUUUAUGCACAUGGAUGCAUACCUGCUGAGCAAUGCCCAGGGGGUACGUAUGCAAACGGCACAACUGGGAAGUGUGAAACUUGCCCACUGGGAUGUUCAUCUUGUAGUCAGUCUUCUGACAUGAAGUGCCUGGCUUGUUCAGAAGGUUUUGUCUUGUACAAGUCUAAAUGUUUGAUACGAUGCCCUGAGGAUACCUUCCGCAAGCAUUCCAACAGGUUAGUGCAAGUAUUUGUAUUCUGUUUGGGGUGAGCAAGUCAUCCAUACUGGCAUCCAUAACAAGUUUAAGAAUCUUGAUAAGCAAAAUUUGUACUUAAUAAUAGGCCUAUAUUGGUUGAUGUACGUUCGGCAGAAGUGCUGCAAUAAGCAGCGUGAUGUCUUCAUGUGCGGUGUUAAAGCGAUUUUAGUUGCAAGUUCAAAUCUCGCGCGUAAACUAGCGGCGAUUUCAUGGCGGCUUGUUGUUAUUGGCGAAUUUCUGCGCGAAAGUUGCCAACAGCCUAUCUUUGUCUUGUCGGUUACCUUUUGAUUUAAGACCCAUACACUACAGUUACCGCUGCGUAAAGAUUGGAAAAUUACACUAAAACUGCCACGAAAUCGCAGCAGAAAUGGCGUGAAACUUACCGGUGGACUGAAUAAAUGACUUUUGAGAGUAGCGAGCCUGUCCCAAUUUCCUUUUGAUCUAUUUAUUUUACCAUUAACAGUUGCGUGCCCUGUAGCCCAUCGUGCCAGACAUGCUAUGGUGACAGAAGUGACCAAUGUCUCUCUUGUACUCUUCCAAAACAUCUCAUGGGCUCUACAUGUGUCUCUGAAUGCCCAAAGGGGAUGUUCCACAGCCAGGUGUCUCAUACUUGUGCAGCUUGUUAUGCAACUUGCGAAUCAUGCAGUGGACCAAACGACAAUGACUGUCACUCUUGUAAAGGUACGUAACUAUUAUUCCUUAUUACGGAAGACUGAUCUUGAUUUUUUCUUCGGUUGCAAAUCUCCCAUUCGCCACUGAAGAGCUGAGGAGGAAACUGGGCCGAGUUGACUUUUGCAAAGACUUCUGGGACUAAUAAUAGCUGACUAAUACCAAUAGCUGACCGGCGCGUCCAACGAUCCCAGAAACAAUUGCGGGAGAUAUCUAGGUUCCAGUUCCCCUCUCAUUCACGAAGUGGCGAAUUGACGUACAUGUACUUUGAGUACACUACGAGUGAAAAAGCUAAUCAUGCGUGGAAUAGAUAUUCUGCAAGUAUAGUAGGAUUAACCAUGUUGUGGAUUGCUUGUUCUUUUUAACCCCCUGAGUAAUUCUCUCAAGAGUUUCUCGUAAGUUUUAAAAGCAAAAUCGUAUUUUAUUUAGGGAAUUGUUCGUGCAUCUUUGCCCAGAAGUGUUUUCACAGUUUCAUUUUGAAUAAUUUCCUUUAUUGAUUCACGUGAACAGUACACUCUGCUAGAAGCUGACCAACCCUCAUGAGUCGAAUACUUUGUCAAUUCCAUCAUAACAAGAACCUACCGUAAAAGAUCUAAUAGAUGCCCUCUCUCAAAUAAACGCCUCUCGUGCAAUAACGCUACCACGCUGUCAAGUGUAUUGUACACCCCUAGUAAACGCCCCCUGAUUAAUAGACGCCCCCACUCCCAGACAGAUAAAGGCAGAGUUUUCCGUGCUGAAUGAUUAGCCAACCCUUCCAGAUCUCAAUUGUACGUAGUAAUUCCUUAUAGCGAAAGAAUAAUAAGAUUGUUCUUAUAAGGUGGAUGGGCUACAAUUUUUCCACCAUUUUAACUUAAACCAAAAUAUUCAUAAGUUAGUCUUUACAUACUCGGUACUUACCUGUUGUUCUUCUUUUAGCCGGCUGGUCUCUUGUUGGCGGCAAGUGUCAGUCAUCUUGUCCAAGUGGUAAUUUCAAUGGCAGUGAAGGUUGCCAGGCGUGUAAUCCGGUUUGCCUUGAAUGCAGUGGUCCAUCUCAAGAAAACUGUCUCAGUUGUAGCGACAUUAAAUUUCUUAACCUGCAGACAAACCAGUGCUCUUAUGAAUGCCCCGAAGGCUAUUUUGGAGAUUUGGACACCACCCAUUGCAAGCCGUGUCCCGCAGGUUGCAAGGAAUGCAAAAAUGGUGCAGAAUGUUUGUCCUGUGGACCAGGCCUAUUGCUUGUUGGUAAUUCCUGCCAAACUCAAUGUCCCACUGGUCACUUCCACAGCAAUGUAUCAGACUCUUGUGAACCGUGUGAUGGUAUGUGCAAUGAGUGUGUACGGUCUGCCAGCAACUGUAUCAAGUGCCGAGACCAUGAGGUGUUGAGUGAAGGGCAUUGUGUCAGCGUUUGCCCAGCUGGUUCAUUUUUAUUGUCAGACAAUAAUAACUGCAUGCCCUGUCAUCCGUCCUGUAAAACAUGCACAGGGCCUACCGACAAUGAUUGCACAGGCUGCAAUGCUGCUUCUAUUUUGACAAACUCAAGAUGCCUGGCAUCUUGUCCUUCCGACUACUAUUUUGAUAAAGAAGUGAGUCAAUGCCGACCAUGCGACUACUACUGUUCAUCUUGCCAAGGAGGUAAGCUUGUGAUAUAAUGUAAAUUGGAUGAAUAGGUGUAGUCAGUUGCAUCAACGAUGUUCUGAAUUGGUAGCUUACAUCCUUACGUCUAAAACAAUGUAGGUAUGUUGGGAAAAUGGGAUACCGUGCCGAAUUAUAAGUUUAAAAAAAUUAAUUUAAUCCCUUUCAUUGUAUACAAGUCGUUAUAUUCAGACACGAAAAGAGCAGCGCGGAAGGAUUAUUAUCGAACAGUUCAUAUAGAUUGAAGAAGCAAAAUAGUUUUAUUACGUUUUAUAGACAUAAAUAAUUGAUAAAGGAAAACAUUGCCGUGAAGCAGGUCAGUAAGUGGGAUUCUGAUUUGGAUAGCUGGCCAAGUUCCUUUCCCAGCAAUCUCCCUUGUUAAUUGUGGACAUUCCGCCCUCCUCACAAGGAAACAGAGACCAAUCCAAACCAAAAUAGCUCUUAUGAAAGGCUAACGUUAGAAUAGAAAAUUCUGUUCGGCUACCAUAUGAUGGAACCUUUAUUCUGGGAACGCCAGUGGGAACAGGACAAGUGUCCCCCGAAAUAGAGGUGUCCCUUCAAUAGUGGUAACUAAUACAAAUGUUGUAUAAGCUGUUUGUUAUGGGAACAAAGUUUGUGUCCCUUUGAUGGAGGUGUCCCCUAUAAAGAGUUGCGCAAAAGGACAAGACAAUGGGUGUUUCCUCGGAAAAGAAAGGCCCCACUGAGUAGAUGCAACCUGUUUGCUUUUCUUUCCAACACUACUGAUCAAACCAGUUUGCCUUUCCGAAUGUCUUUAUCUCUUUCUCCUUUCAGGCAAUGGUAUCAGAAAUUGCACCAAGUGUGUACCUCCGUUUGUGUUACUUAAACACUAUUGUAUCCGAGAGUGUCCAAAGCAUGGGUGGGUAUUAGACAAGAAUAAUCAGAAGUGUAUAGAAUGCCAUGCGUCCUGCUCAAGAUGCAUUGGACCCACGGAAAAUGACUGCAUAGCGUGCAGUCGGCAUGACAUGAGCCUUGUUGGGUUUUCUUGUAAGAAAGAAUGCCCUCAUGGAACAUUUCCUAAUCGCUUGACAGGGGUUUGUGAGAGGUGCCAUCCAAAGUGUGAAACAUGCUCAGGACCUGGCGAAAUGCACUGCAAGACAUGUGCAAAAGACCUUUUUCAUAAUAAAAGGAAUGGAAGCUGUAGCUCACUUUGUCCACCAGGGCAGUUUUCAGUAGAAGGAAAAUGUAGCAGUUGUCAUGCAACCUGCAGAACGUGCAAUGGUCCAGGUAAUUCUGACUGUCUGGACUGCCCUGAUGGUCAGCUGCUGCAAAAUUUUACUUGUGUCAACAGCUGUCCGGAUGGCACAUAUGUCACUGAAAAGGAUGGAAUCCAUCAAUGCCUGCAGUGUCAUCCAGUCUGUGACCUUUGCCAUGGACCAACAAUGAACAGCUGCAUCAAAUGCAAGAAACCGCUCUACAUUGAGGGAAGGUUGUGUGUCACGCAAUGUUCACGCAGUCAUUCCCUGGAUGAGCACACAAGGACUUGUCUUCCUUGUGGAAGUGAGUGCAAGACUAAAGCUGGAGCUCGGAAUCGUUCUGUUCAUGACCAAGAUAAUCAAGUCCUGCAAUAUGUACUUGAUGAUUCCCACAAGAACAGUUUUUCAUUAGUUGCUGUUACAGUUGGGUCUGUUUCAGUAGUUGUUUUUCUUCUUAUUUUUGGAAUUCUCCAAUUCCGAACAAAGAAGAUUCUUAGAGGUAGAAGAGGUAUCAAGGCAACAAUUACGAAAAGUGAGGAUGAGGAGGAAUGCAGGGCUUCUCUCAUAGAAGGUGAAGAAAACAGAGCUUAAAAUAGUUGAUUUUUGGAGCUGCGGGUUUUUCAGAUAUUAUUGUUAUCAUUGAAUUUUACUUUUAUAUUAUGAAUAAUAUAGGGCAUGUGUAUUCAAUUUUAUCGAGAUAAGGUUCUUUUUGGAGCCUGAUAUUUAAUAAGUACUUCUAUAUAGUAUUAAUACACGUGCAAUGUACUUAAUCAGGUCGUAUCGAUCUUGGCGUCGCAAAUAACUAUAUCCUCGAAGUUUACCGUACCUGAAAAUUGGAAGUUUGUCAUUCAGCCGUAAAGGUCUUCGGUAUAAGCUGUCGUAGGUCAUUUUUUACCAAUGUUACCCGGCGGAAAUAACAGUCACGUUGUGUUCACUCCAGGGGAAGCAUGGCUGUUACCCUGACUGGGAGUACAUUAUGCCUUACCAUGUGCCUAAUGCAACGCAUUGCAAUAAUAACGAUAGUAACACGUUUAUUCUAACCGGAACUAUCACUUUCUCAAGGUUUUCUGGAACUAGCCUUGGCAUAAAUACGCAUAUUAAACGCUUAAACGUUGUUUUUCUUGCACAAGAGUACAUUUUAUGCCUUGCUUACACAUUGCUUGAAAAGAGAGACUUCAUACUUAAUAACAGCAAGUUCAGAUAUAAAUGUUACCUGUACUGAGCGUCUUCUUUAAAAGAAAAGAAAUUGCGCAUAUGUCUCUGAGAGAAAUGCGUUUCGUUGAAAUGACACUUUUACUCUAAACAUGUUUUCAUUGAAUAUGAAAGGCAACUUUAUUGUUUCCAUUUUGAAGUACAAUAACACGUGAACUAUCAAGUCAUAUCUCUACUAUACAUCUAAAUUGUUAAUGCGAACACAAAAUUUGACUUACCAGUUAUAUCCUUCAACGUUUGACUGCAGCCCAUAAUGGUGAUAGUAUCAAAUUUCUCUUUGUAAUAUCAAUGCUUCAAAAAACACUAGUAACAAGAAUUAAGAGCGUGAUUUGCUUGAUAUUUUAACAACUUCUCCCCACUACAUCUAUAAGAAAUGUAUGGGGGCAUUAAGUGAGAAUUUAAAUUUUGAUACAAGGGUUUAAAGCUAAAAUCAGAGAAAUGCUCCGUGUGUAACUGUUAACGGCUAAAUUAUGCAGUAAGCUGAACAGUAGCAGCCAAACCAAAAAUUGUACAUCAUAAAUAUGUUUGUCACUUCACUAUGAAGAUCAAUGAAAUGUUACAAUACGUGUAAACUCUUUUUUUUGUAAGAUCCUUUUUUAUGAGAACGUUCAGCCUGAAUUUUGCCAAAAUAUUAAGAAUACGCUAAGAACAUACCCGACGCUCAGAGAAGAACGAUUUAUUUUUCACUGCUUUUACUUUCCUAAAUCCAGAAAACCUGAAUUACGUAAUGUCUUACAUGGAAUCAGAGUGCAUGUGCAAUUUUGUUCUUUCAACACAUGCCGACUGUGUAUGGUCUAUAAUACAUCUACAUUGUACUUGUACAAUUCAUUGAUGUGAAAACUAUAAUCAUUGUCUUAUCUUGUCUACAUGUGGCUUAAAAGAUAAGAACGACCCGGGCUCAACUCGAAAAAUGGACGUUCUUAUAAAGAAAGAGUGUACCGAGGUGGAAUCCGGUUUCUUUGUAAAGUGUCUGAUUAUUUUUUGUAAUUUAUAUUUUCAAAAAUUAAUGUAAAACUAUACGCGAAGUACUUCGUAGUUUAUUGACUUAAUAUAGAGCGGGGAUCUUUUUAAAAUUGAUAGGUGACUAAAUUGUUUGCUCUGCAACAAACAAGUCGACAAUACGUUAUUAAUUAUAAGGUUAUAAAUUGAAUGAUUGCAAUAUUUACGACUGUAAUGCAAGUCGUGGAAAAUUUUAGAGAAAUAUGAAAGAGA